UUUCAUGGCAGAAUGUUCAGAGAUUUUUGAAUAAAAAGCAAUAAAUUUCCAUCACUGUUGUGUCAUAUCAAAUGCAAUUAGCCAAAACCAUUGUGUUGCAAUCCUGUCAUGAAGAAAAUUCUAUUGGAAUUUUGGUUAAAAAUUAAGCGGAAGGUAAACGCAGGAAGCGGGGCGGAGAAUUUUGGAUUACGUAUGUAGUUCAUUUUAUAAUUGAUACAAAUUUCUUUUUGUUCAUAAAUUAAUUCUAUAUUUCAUUGAUAAUUUCGAAAUAAUUUAUUUGAAAAAAUCAAUGGAAAAUUCUUUGAUGAAUAUUUUCGGAAAUUCUGAAAUAAUUUAUUUAUAAAUAAAUUGUUUCGAUAUUUUAUUCUGAUUUAUUUCCGAAAAUAUUCAUUAAAUAAAUAAAUUCGUUAUAAAUUAUUUCAUCCACCCCAAUGCAACCAACCGCCGGUGUUUUAGACCGCUGUUGAACAGCAGCGACUGAGCAGACAUCAAAUUCACUGGUCUGGUAAAUUACACUUGAAUUAAGAUGAACGUGUGUAACACAUUUCAAAAUCACAGCGAGCUAAGCAGUUCAGUUAAGCAUUCAUCGUCAUUCUACCAAAAGCUUCAUUUUCUUAGUUAUCUGAGUGAAAUUUUGACAAUGUUUAUGACAAUAUUUUGGUUAAUUAUUUGCUCUUGUUGCUUGAUAUCUGGUGAAUGGGUUCAAAUACCACAAUCUACUAGGAGUCCGCAUGCAAUCACACUAAAUACAUCAUUGAUGAUGAACAACGCAAAAAUUCAUAUCUUUGAUUAUUCUAAAUACAAGGAUUUCUUCAGUUAUAUAAACCCAAAGCCAGAUUUUGUGAAAGUAAAUAAAAGUAUUGUUAAUAUUCACUAUACAAACAAAUCCGAUAGAAAUGAUGAUUCAGCAAGUAUACAAAUAUUUAGUGAAGUGCAUCCUUCUAAAAUUGAUAGGGAGAAUAAGAAAAAUUAUCGAAAUUCACUCCAGAAAGAAGGAAGGAUUGUUAUUUUGAAACCGUUUAAUUUCGACGAAAUAAUAAAAUUUUUCAUGGAUGUGGAACAUUCAUUCUCAAUUGGCACUCUCGAAGGAAUUCAAUAUAAGACUAAAGUUUUGAAAAGUGUUCAAAAUGGCAUUUUAAUUGAUAUAGGUUUGCUUAAAAACGAAUGUCAUAUUCUUCAAAGUUGUGACAUAAACCAUUUUAUUACAGGAAGACGACUCAAAUUAUUAUUACCAUCGGCAGUUGUUCAGCGAAACGAAAAUCGCAUCAGGCGGUCGCCAAGCAAUCAUGAAAUGGAUUUUCCAUCAGCAGAAACUGCUCUCAUGACCAUAAGCUUUUUAACUUUGGCGGUAUUUCUAAUUAAACUUGUUCUUCAAGUUAUAAAUACGAUCAAGAGUAAACAUAUUGGACUACAUGCAAUGGCACCAUCAUCAGUGAAUGAAACACCUAUUAAGAUUAUUAAAACGAACCGUAACGCUAGAAAGUUGUCGCUACCAACAAUAAUAACAAUAGAUAAUCUUCAAAGCGUAACUGAACAAUAAAUGACAUUGAAGUGUACUGGAAAAUAUAAUGUAUUAUAACCAUCAAAUAAGAAAACAAUUGUUAUAAUGAAACAUAAAUGGAACUUGUCACUCAUUUCACAUUUAAUAUUUUCAAAGCGUUAAAUUUUCAACAGUCUUUGCUGUUGUCCGUACUU